GCUCUCUGGCCCCUGGGCCCCUCCCCCAGCCCCUCCCACACCCCCACUCCUGCUCCCUCCUUCCCUGGCUCUCCAUGUCACCAUCUGUGGCACAAUCCUUCUCUGUCACUCUCUCUGCCACCCCCUCCUUCCCCUUCCUCCUUCCCCGCUCUCUAUCCCUGCCUCUCUCCGCAUCUCUCCCUCUCUUCCCUUCUCUCGCUCUCUUUCCUCCUCCUUUUAUUCUCACUGUCACGCAUUUCUCAUCACUCCCCCUCAUUCUGGCUUUCCACCCACUCACUGUCCUCUCUCUCUCUCCCUCUCUCUCCACCUCCGACCGACCCCCCUUCCCUCUAUCUCUAUUGGCUCCUAUCAUCCCCUGCUCCCCAUUUCUCUUCUUUCCUUGGGAGGCUUCUCCCUCCAUCCCCACCCCAGGCUCCUGCUUGCAGACCCCAUCUGCGUCCCUGCCCUCCAGCCAGGACAUGUCCUGGAGAUGAGGGGGGACGCACCACGCACCAGCGGGAAGUCAGGGCUGGAGACCAGAUGGAAGAGGCUCUGUGGGCAGACGUGGCCACUGCGGGCCUAGGAGGGGGCCUGGGCCGCAAGCGGUCUAGAAGGGGGCACUGUGCGGGGACCCCAGCUAAGGGGUGCCCUGGGGGCAGCUGGGGACUGUGCAGGCAGAAGGGACAACAGAAUGAUAACCAGCUUGGCAGCAAGGAGGGGAUCCCUCACCCCACGGACAGCUCUCGGAUCUGGGAAUCACUGCAGGGCCGUGUCGGAGCUGGACGCGGCCAGAUGCAUCGUGCUGCGUGGCCUCCUCCGCUCACGCGCCGGCUUUCCUGAGCCCCCUGUCUGUGCUGGGCGCCGUGCUCUGCACGCUCCCGUGUAAUCGCAGCCACCCCGGGAGGCCGAUAGCGGACUGCUGACCGCCCUCCCUCCGCCAUGGACCCCCUUGGCUAUCCUUCCCCGGUGCCCGCCACCUCGGAACCCGAGAACGCCUCGGCCUGGCUCCUGGACACCACCCUGGGAAACGUGUCCGUGGCCCCGAGCGCGGCCGGCCUGGCCGUCAGGGGCGUCCUCAUCCCACUGGUCUACCUGGUGGUGUGCGUGGUGGGCCUGCUGGGCAACUCCCUGGUGAUCUACGUGGUCCUGCGGCACACGGCCAGCCCGUCGGUCACCAACGUCUACAUCCUCAACCUGGCGCUGGCCGACGAGCUCUUCAUGCUGGGGCUGCCCUUCCUGGCCGCCCAGAACGCCCUGUCCUACUGGCCCUUCGGCUCCCUCAUGUGCCGCCUGGUCAUGGCCGUGGACGGCAUCAACCAGUUCACCAGCAUCUUCUGCCUCACGGUCAUGAGCGUGGACCGCUACCUGGCGGUGGUGCACCCCACCCGCUCGGCCCGUUGGCGCACCGCCCCCGUGGCGCGCGCCGUCAGCGCGGCCGUCUGGGUGGCCUCGGCUGUGGUGGUGCUGCCCGUGGUGGUCUUCUCAGGUGUGCCCCGGGGCAUGAGCACCUGCCACAUGCAGUGGCCCGAGCCCGCGGCGGCCUGGCGCGCCGGCUUCAUCAUCUACACGGCCGCGCUGGGCUUCUUCGGGCCCCUCCUGGUCAUCUGCCUCUGCUACCUGCUCAUCGUGGUCAAGAUGCGCUCGGCGGGGCGGCGGGUGUGGGCGCCCUCGUGCCAGCGGCGGCGGCGCUCCGAGCGCAGGGUCACGCGCAUGGUGGUGGCGGUGGUGGCGCUCUUUGUCCUCUGCUGGAUGCCCUUCUACGUGCUCAAUAUCAUCAACGUGGUGUGCCCGCUGCCCGAGGAGCCCGCCUUCUUCGGCCUCUACUUCCUGGUGGUGGCGCUGCCCUAUGCCAACAGCUGCGCCAACCCCAUCCUCUACGGCUUCCUCUCCUACCGCUUCAAGCAGGGCUUCCGCCGGGUCCUGCUCCGGCCUUCCCGCCGGGUGCGAAGCCAGGAGCCCCCCGCUGGACCUCCGGAGAAGACAGAGGAGGAGGAGGAGGAGGCAGAGGACGAGGAUGGAGAGGAGGGUGGGGAGAAGGGGGCUGGGAAGCAGGGGGACGCGAAGGAGAUGAAUGGCCGGGUCAGCCAGAUCACACAGCCUGGCACCAGCAGGCAGGCGCUGCCUCCCAGCUGUGUGCCCAGCAAGGAGCAGCAGUCCCUGCCCCAAGAGCCUUCCGCGGGGGAGAGGCCGGGCGCCCUGCACAUCAGCUGCCUGUAGGGCCGGUGGAGGGCCAGCGCGGCCCAAGCACAGAGCACAGGCUGUGGGUGCGUCUCGGGCCUGCCACCCAAGGUGCCAGGGGCCCGUGAUGGGCUGUUCAGAUCCCACUGCUGCUGAAACUCGCUGUGUGACCUCCGACAGGUCACUUGCCCUCUCUGGGCCUCGUGUCCUCCUCCGUGACUCAGGGAUGGGAGUCAUCAGUCUAGACAAGCGCUGCCGGAUGAGAAGGCUGGAGGGACAUGACCGCUGGGCUGACCUUCCUGAGGGGGGCCCAGGUUAAGGGGAGAGGUGCAGACUGGCGUCCCCUUCAGAGACAGAGCAUCCUGGUGGGUUGGCCUGAGUCUGGGUCCUCAGAGGAUGAACCAAGGCCUGGAUUUCCUGGGCUCAGAGUCAGGUUCAUAGGAGAGGGGCUGGGGCCCAGGUUCACAGGGAGCUGGACCAGCACCACCCCCCCCCAAGCUCCCAGUAGAAGAAAAUCUUGCCCCGUGGGGGGUGGGUGUGAGGCGGCUCAGGCCCGCAUCAGCUCUCCUCUAUUGCUGCAAGGCCUUGAGGCAGCUCUUCUCUCUGGGCUGCAGGCCUCACCUGCUGAACACCCAGUAACCUCUAGGCCCUCUUGCCAGACGGUCGGGCCAGGACUCCUGUGAUCCUGGACUGGAGAAGAAGCAAAUUUUCCAAGAAGCUCAUUAAGUCCAGCUGCAGGGUCCCUUGCUGCUUGGGCCCUCUGAGUCCCUGAGCCUAAUUUUGUACUUGGAAUUUUGUAUCACUUUUCUUAAAGAGGGACCCCACAUGCAUAAGCUUAGGCCACCCGAAGCCUAGCUCGGGCCCUGCUGAGGGCAGCCCACGAAUCCCCAAAGCAGCUCACUUGUGUUCGGAGCCUGGAGCGGGGAGGGGGGUGUCUCUGGGUCUGUGAGAGCUCACAGGAGAAGAAUCCCUGUGCUUCCCCUCUCGCUGACCUAGGCAGGGACCUGACCAGGAGACCGGCACGGAAGGGCAGAGAGUAAGACAGUGAGUGCUGAGAGGAGGAGGAGGAAGAGGAGGACAGGAGGGAGGAGGAGGAGGGAAGGAGGAUGCGGGUGGAGGAUAGAUCUGUUCCAUGACCUUGGAGCUGUCCUUGGCCCCUCUGGACUGAGCCCAGUUGCUGCAUCAAUGAAACUGAGUUGCCUGGCCCAACAGUCCCAAGAAAACGAUGCCAUCAGGUGGGAGAGCAAAUGCUCUGAAUGGCACAGGGCCAGCCCCUUGAGGCCGAUCAGUGCUGGGAAGAGGGGCUGGGCCUGGCCUGUGCUGAGAAGCAGGGCCUGGUAGAACGGAGCAGGCCUCUCGCCCUCUGAAUCCCCCGGGCUGCCGGCUGGAAAGGCCCAGGGAAGACAAGACAAGACAAAAAAGUGGGACCACAGGGCCCUCCCUGGUUUGGCUCAGUGGAUAGAGUGUCAGCUCGUGGGCGGAAGGGUCCUGGGUUCGAUUCCAGUCAAGGGCACAUACCUCCAUCCCGGCCCUGGUCAGGGCACAUGCGGGAGGCAACCAGCCGAUGUGUCUCUCUCAUGUUGCAGUUUCUCUCUCUCCGUCUCACCCCUCCCUUCCACUCUCUCUAAAAAUCAAUGGAAAAAUAUCCUCGGGUGAGGAUUAACCACCACAACAAAGGUGAGACGACAGGGAGAGACCACUGCCCAAGGCUGGCCUGGACCGGCCUGGACUCCCUCCCCCAGGUGACCCCUGAGAGCCACAGUGAGACCGGCCCCGGGGAGGGUGGUACCUCUGGCUAAAUCGCCCAAACCCUCCACCUGCAGGGGCAAGGGGUCCUCAGGGAAAGCGCACGGACCACAGCUUGGGGGACCCACAUCUUCAACUCACCUCAGAUCCUGGCCAGCCGCGACCUCUCCGGGCCUCAGUCUCCCCAUCAUAAAAUGGAGGUGGCUGUCCCAGCUUGCCUGCCUCCUUGGAUUUGGGGAGGACAAUAAGUCACAUCAGGUAAACUGCCACACACCCUGAAGGUGGGGGGGUGACCCCCUUCUCCUUCACCUCUGUAUCUGGGCCUUGGGGGUGAGGACAUGACGAAGGUGGACUUGGGGGUCAGAGGCUCAGGGAGACAGGGCCUGGAGGAGUGUUUCACCACCUUAGGGGACCCGGGGGUCCAAGUGCAGAGGCCGCCCCACCUUCCUGAUUCCUGGGACAGGGAGGGAAGCCUGUUCUGCAAGGGUGGCUGGGAGGCCCCUUAGAGAAAUUCUUUGCCGCUUCUGCCCCUAGCUCUCGUCAAUAAAGAUGGUGGCACAUGACAA